CCCAGACUCUGUUCCCUUACCUCUGAUCGAAUCCACGUUCCACCGGUUGACAUAGCUACGAUGGAGCCCACGGCACUUGAGAUGUCCAAGAUGGAACGUAGAAGCUCCGCGGCUGUUAAGAGAAGGGUUAGCAGGGCGUGCGAUCAUUGCCACCGCAUGCGUACUCGUUGUAAUGGACAGGCGCCAUGCUCCAGGUGUAUAGAGCUUGAAUAUGUUUGCCAGUACAACAGAGAAAAGAAACGGCGUGGAAAGGUACCAAGACACAUCCAGAAACAAAGAGAAGCAGAGGUAGCUGCAUCACGCAGUCCACAGACACCAAACGAACUUCAAGUCGUGUCAAAUGGUCUCUUCGAGAGGCCUGGUGUCGUGACUGAGAUCGAGGAUGAAGGCUGGUCACGAUCAGAACCAACGCCAGUGACGCAACAUUUCGUCUCUGACGGCAAGGGCAACCUGCACAACCCUCCUCCUGGAGAAUGGCAAAGCUUCAAUACUGGCGCACCCUUCAAUCCACCAGUAACACACAUGAUGAUCGAUCCAUUAUUGCUAGGCUCCAUGCAAGCCGAAAUGCCACGCAACGAAGAGCUUAUGUACGCCAUGAAUGGAUUGGCAUCAAUGCCAGCAGAGUAUGCAAAUGUAGGGUAUCCGAUUCCGUUCCAAGCACCUCGACCAUCAUCACCACCGCACAGUUAUGGCUCAGCAGACACUGGAUCGCCGCAGUCCGGAGUCAGCGUCAACUCAUCACAAGCUGGUGCAAUAGUGUGCAGGUAUCCGGUCUUGAAGCCUCUCUUUCCACACCUGGGUGCCAUCAUGAGCGUCUCGACUGCCUGCGACCUUCUUGAAUACUACUUCCAAAGCUCAUCGUCAGUCUUCAUGGAGCCAGUGUCACCAUACAUUCUAGGGACCGUCUUCAGAAAACGAUCUUUCUUGCGUCAGCACAAACCAAGGAAGUGCAGUCCUGCUUUACUUGCCAGCAUGCUCUGGGUCUCUGCACAGACGAGCGAGGCUACUUAUCUGACUUCUUCGCCAUCAGCAAGAGCUAUUAUAUGUCAGAAGCUGUGGAAGCUGACGGUCGAUCUACUCAAGCCCUUAGUUCAUUCAACUUCCUCACAUGGUUUUGCUCCUGGUCGUGGCGGAGUCACCUCAGCAGCACAUGACUCAUUCAACGUGGAACGAACGAUAGGACGAUACGAUGGACGAAUGGAUGGCGCCAUGCCACCUACCAGUAAUCUUGACGACGUAGCGACAUACCUCAACUUGGGAGUGGUGACUUCAGCAAGCGAGUACAAGGCAGCGUCGCUUCGAUGGUGGAACGCUGCAUGGUCACUGACACGAGAGCUCAAAUUGGGAAGAGAAUUGCCAACGGAUCCCGCGAAAGAGCGCAGUGGACACACAAAUGAGAACGGCGAUAUAGAUGUGGGCACACCGGCUGCAGCUCUUGUGGAAGAGAUGAAGGAGGAAAGACGAAGGCUGUGGUGGCUACUCUACAUGAUCGAUCGCCAUCUGGGACUCUGCUACAACCGACCUUUGGCCAUGCUAGACAAUGAGUGCGAGGAUCUUUUCCAACCUGUUCCAGAUACAGUGUGGCAAGCCGGCGAAUUCUAUACUGGUCACUCAGGACCGAGAAAGAAGGGCCUUAACUUUCAAUGCACUUCGCAUGACGUCUUUGGCUUCUUCUUGCCGCUUAUGACGAUCCUGGGCGAUAUCGUGGACCUCAAUGCGCAAAAGAACCACCCGAGGUUUGGGCAGCGGACAUCCUGGGAGCUUCACGAAGCAGAAAUCACACAACAACUCGAAAACUACGCAUAUAGCAUCGAAGAUUUCAAGGCCCAACAUGGCUGUGGACAGAACGACGAUGUAAACCAAACAAAUGGUACACCUGACGCCGUACGCAUGGAAUGGAUCCAUCAGACACGGAAGAUUGCCGCUUACGCCACGCACAUCAUGCAUGUUCUGCACAUCCUGUUGCACGGAAAAUGGGAUCCUGUAGCACUACUUGAAGACGACAACAUGUGGAUCUGCUCGCCAUCUUUUCUUGCUGCUACAUCGAAUGCUAUAUCCGCUGCGCACGCAGUGGAGGAGAUACUGGAUCUUGAUCCCGAUCUUUCAUUUAUGCCAUAUCUUUUUGGCAUGUACUUGUUGCAAGGCAGUCUGAUCCUUCUACUGUUGGCAGACAAGUUAUCAACCGAGACCAACGAUGGAGUGAUCCGAGCUUGCGAGAUCAUUGUUCGAGCACAUGAGGCCGCAGUAGUCACACUCAACACAGAGUAUCAGAGAAAUUUUCGAAAGGUCAUGAUCUCGACACUAGCACAGAUCAAGGGCCACGGCCAUGCACGAGAGAUGACACCUGCGAAACGCCGAGAAGUACUUUCGCUGUACCGGUGGACCAGCCUAGGCAAUGGUCUUGCAAUCUGA